AUGAGUUCAACUACUGAAGCAACAACAAGAACCUUAAGGCGUUCGACGCGCCAGCAUGUCCCAACCGGACGAUAUACAGAGUCUUUAAACGACGAGGAUGUUAAUGAAUCAUCUCUUUCAGAACUAGAAUCUGAGGAUGACACUGUUAAACGUCGAAAACGAAAGGCCAAAACUUCCACAACUCCCAAACGUCAAGUAAAAUCUCGAAAAAGAAAAGAGGCAAACUCGGCAACACCAAGAAGAACAUCCACUCGACAGCGAAACCCCACCUCUUCUGAAGAGGAGCGCCCCAGUUUUGAAAAUUUCAUUUACGAUGCCAUUCUUGAUUCCGAAACUUCUAUAGAUGAAUUGGCGUCCAACUGGCUCGAUUCAUAUCGUGAAAAUCCUGAUACCUCACUUAGAGAUUUUGUUAAUUUUGUCCUUAAAGGAUCUGGAUGCGGAAUCCCAAUUGAACUUCAUGAUAUUCAAGAGCCCGAUAGUGCGGUUGAUUGCUUGGCUCAAAUUCAAGAGGCCUUUAAAUUUGAUGCUUUAGCAGACUACCCUCUCAUUUCUAGAAAACCAGAGUACAAAUUUUUUCGACAAAAUCUAAUCGAAUUUAUUGAAGAUGUCAUUUACAAGGCUGCAGAACAAGGAAUUCUGUAUGAUAACUCAAGAUUUAUUGAGGAUUUAAGAAUAUGGGUCGCUUCGAUGUCAUCUUCAAACCUGAGAUCUUUCCGACAUACUUCAACUCUCAUUUGGCUCACAAUAAUGUCCAAGCUCUGCGAUGUUCAUGUAACAGCUACCCAUUCCACUAAUCAAAAUCAAAAAAUUUUAGAGGCUGAGACAGCUAAAAAUCGCCCAAGCGGAGCCCGAAUUGCUCAAGCUAAAACAGCUAUCGAACUUGCCUCCAAUAAAAUAUCUUUUCUUGAAAACUGCAUGAAUGACAUUUUUGAAACUAUAUUUGUGCAUAGGUAUCGAGAUGUCGAUCCUAAAAUACGAAUUGAAUGUAUGAAGGAACUUGGUGCUUGGAUGGAGAUUUUGCCAAGUUAUUUUUUUGAGUCCAAAUAUAUACGAUAUUUUGGGUGGCUUCUUUCAGACAUUAGUGCACAUACCCGAUUACAAGUUCUAAAGUCACUGACAACCCUUUAUAAAAUUCGUGAUUAUAUUCCUGGUUUCAGGCAUUUUACUGACAGAUUUCGUCUCCGAAUAGUCGAAAUGGCUGCAAUGGAUGCCGAUACUAAUGUCAGAGUUUCUGCUAUUGAUUUACUGUGUGUUUUACGGGAAGUCGGGUUUUUAGAAGAUAGUGAUGUUGAAGUGUGCACUAAAUUAAUUUUUGAUAUCGAUCAUCGAGUGCGGAAAUCUUCUGCCAAAUUUAUUCUUUCAACCGUUUUAGAAGAGUCAACCCGGGCACUCAACGAAUUUACUACUAACGAAACAAAGUCGUUUAAAGAAAAGUUUUCAGACCUGACUCAGUCUUGGUUAUCAUUUAAAGAAUUAUGCUAUAUCCUUAAAAUCGAAAAGGAAUCACCUAGCGCCAGCGAAGAAAAUCUUUUGGAAGAUUUAGAAAACGUAUACCCAUCUUCUUCUUCUCGUAUAUCUCUAGCCGGGGAAGCUCUUUGGGAUGCUGGGUUUGGCUUGAAAUUCAAAUGGGUCAGCCUUAUUCAACAACUAUUGUUUGAUUUUUCUUCUUUGGAUAGUAUUGCCACGACUAAAUCAGCUAAAAAUUACAUAGCUGCAUUUUCUUUAGAUCCAGAUCAAGAGCUUAUUCUUUUGGAGUUGCUUUUUGGGUUUAUUAAAGGUAAUAUUGACGAAAUUAAUCACCAUAAUGUUACUUCAUUAUCAAGCUAUAGUAACAUGAAAAAGAAGAAACUUUCAAACGAUGAGGUAGAAGCCAAGUUUACCCAAAUUCAUGCCGAACUUAUUGAUUCUAUCCCUAAAUUAUUACAGCGCUAUUCUCAUAGCCCCAAUGCUAUUUUUCAAGUUUUGCGAUUACAUACACUUCUUGAUCUUAAUGUUUACUGUCAACUUCAUAUGGAGUCUAAAUACACUGAGCUUUUUUCUUCAAUUAUCAAUCAGUUUAAAUCACAGGUUAACAAGGUGGUUUUAGAAGAAUGUGUAAAUGUUUUUUCCAAAACUAUUUCAAAUGAACCAUCACUACCUUUUUUUGAAGAAGCUCAACAAAAAGUCAAUGAAGUAAUAGAAGAUAUCGGAUAUGAGAUAAAAGGAAUAAUAUCCGAGAAUAAUGAACAACGCAACAAGGAUAUUUCCGAAAAAGAGGUUGAUAGCUCUGUUUUUGAUUCUGUUUUUAAAAUGGAUGUUCUGUCAAGAAGCGUUGAUAUUCAAAAUGCUCUUGAAAUUCACUUAUCAAAUAAUUCGGAUGAGAAUUCACCAAUAUUAGUUGAUAAACUUAUAGGUUACCUUUCUAUUUGUGCUGUGAAGCCUAAAAGUUUAGUUAAUCUUCAACUAGUGGCUUCACUUGUUAAUUUACUUCGCAGUUACGCAAUGUGGAAGCUAUCUAGUGUGUUAGAAGCAGCAAUAACUGCAGGGAAUGGGGGUAGUGCCAAAGGUAUCGAUUUAUCUUCAAAGGCCAAGGAUACGAUUGUUUCUAUUCUUCAUGAAUUUGAAACUAUUGUCAUAGGUGCCAACUCUUUUCAUGUACGGUCUAUUUGUGCUAAAUCUUUACUUGACUUGCUUGUUACUGUUAAUGUUGCAGUGGCUCAAACUACGACCAUUUCCAAAGCAAUUUCCGACGUUGAUAUCUUAAAACUAAGAAUAUUUGAUGUUCCAACAAAGGUUUUAAAUUCUUCUCAGGAGGUCAUAAUGGGACUUUUUUUGAGAAAGGAAAAGGCAUAUGCUAAAAUUAUGGAUAUUGACCUUAAAUCCGGGGAAAAAGAUUCUGAAUUUUUAAAAGCUUUAAAAAGUAUGUCUAUAGGUCAAACGUCUCAAGAUCAACUUGAGACUGAGGACAAAGCCGAAAGUGAUAGCGAACUGAGUGACCUAAGUGAUAUCGAUAGUGAUGAUGAAGAAAUGCUUGAUAAUGUACUGGCAGGAUCUCAACCUCCAACAGCGUCACAGAUUCAUAUGGCUCAAGUCAUGGAUUACGGUACAUUGAUAGAAAAGUUAAAAAAUUCAUCGACGAAACAAGAAAGGAUAUUAUUGGUUGACUAUGACUUGUGCCAGUUUGCUGCCAAAGUUCGAGUAGCCGCCAUAGCAAAAAUUUUGGAUGAAACAUGCGUGAAUCGGAUAUUCUUAAAUUCAAAUUUAUUAUCGCCUUUAUAUAUUAGAAUUAUUUCUAUGAAAAUUUCUUCUGAUGAUGGUUCAACAAAAUCAACUCAGCAAGUUACUAAAAAUCAUGAACUAUCUGCUGAUCCAGCUACGAUUUUUAAUCCCAACUCUGAAAGAAUAAAUAAUGUUGAUGAAAAUGUUCAAAAUAGCAAUUCCAAAAAAAUUAAUUCAGAUGAGAUAACCUCAAACACACAAGAAAAACCAAUAAACUCCAUUAACCAAACUUCAAGAAAUUCCAGUCCGAAUUUACAUUUAAACAAUGAAGAGGAUAAAAAUGAGGAGAUAACAAUAAAUGGUGAUGACAAUGAAGAACACGAUGAAGAACACGAUGAAGAACACGAUGAAGAACACGAUGAAGAACACGAUGAAGAACACGAUGAAGAACAAGAGGAAGAUGGUAAUGAAUAA